AUGCGAUUCACCACCCUGUUCACGCUGGCCACCGCGGCCAUGGCGUCGCUGAUCGAUCUGACCGACAAGACGUUUGAGAAGUCCGUGCUCAAUGCCGACCACCCCACGCUGGUCAAGUUCUACGCUCCCUGGUGCGGCCACUGCAAGAAGAUGGGCCCUGACUACGACCAAUUGGCGUCCGUGUACGCGCACACUGACGACGUGGAGAUUGCACGAUACAACGGCGACGAAAACCGAAAAUUCUCCAAAAAGUACGGCAUCCAGGGCUUCCCUACCCUCAAGUGGUUCCCCGGCAAGGGGGCCGAUCCGGUGGACUACGAAUCUGGCCGAGACUUUGACUCUCUGGUGCAGUUUGUGCAAUCCAAAUCCGGCGUCAAGGCCAAGACCGCCCCCAAGUCCGAGGGCGCUAAGCUGAUCAAGACCGUCGACGACCAGUCCUUUGCCGACCUGUUCAAGAACGACAAGAAGUACGCCCUGGUCGCCUUCACCGCCAAGUGGUGUGGAUACUGCAAGCAGCUGGCGCCCGAGUACGAAAAGGUGGCGGCUGUCUUCUCCCGAGACCCCGUUUCCAUUGGACAGGUUGACUGCACUGAGCCCGAGCCUUCCCACGAUCUGCUGGAGAAAUACGACAUCAAGUCCUACCCCACGCUCCUCUGGUUCGAGGAGGGUAGCACCGAGCCCGUCAAAUUUGAGGGUGGCGACCGGUCUGUCGAGGGUCUCGUUGCUUUUAUUAAUGACAAGACUGGCCUCAACCGAAACACUGACGGCUCCUACAACGAUUACGCCGGUGUGUUCAGCGGCAAGCUACUGGAGCAGCUCAAGGAGGCUGUGGAGAACCCCACCAAGGUCAAGGAGUUCAUCGGCGAGAUCCCCCAGUCUUUCUCUUCCGUCUACGAGCGAGUUCUCAGCAAGGUCGGUUCUCUAGGAGAGGAGACAGAGGCUUACCUCGACAAGGAGAUUACCCGACUGGGUAACAUCAUUGAGAAGCGGGGUGCCAAGCAGGACAAGCUGGACGAGUUCAAGAUCCGACAGAACGUUCUCAAGUCUAUCAAGGCGCUUAAGAACAAGGUCGAGAACGUCCGAGAUGAGCUUUAG